AUGUCAUCAGGGAACACUCCAUCUCAACAUGAGUCAACGUUGGCCAUAUCGCCUUUAGUGACAAAUCGAGGUAGGUCACAACCUGAGCCAAGGCGGGUGACAAUGGCAUCAUCGAAUACAGGGACGGUAGGUGUAGGUGGAGGAGGGAGUGUAAUGGGAGGGGGUGGGUCUACACAGACGCCUCGUAAUCCGUUGAAUAAUAGUCCUUUGGUUCAGAAGACAACGACACAUCUUGGGACUCCAUAUAUUGUGGAAGGCGCACCUACAUCAGGUCUGCUUGUUUCGAUGUCUAAAAACGGGCUUUUUGGGCCUACGAUUCCAUCUACGUUGCGGAAGGUUAGUAACGUGAGAGAAUAUUCAGGUGUGAGCGAUACUAAUGGGAGUACUAUUGAGGAUAACGAUCAAUUUGGGAUUGAUAUUACAGAGUUGUCUGCAGCGGAAAAGUUGCGGCUUUGGCGGCACGAUGCGCUCAUGCAGCAUCACUAUCGGACUGCAGAGUAUAUUGGAGAUAAGGUAUAUUCAAUGACACAUGACCCUAACGAUGCAUUUUGGUUGGCACAGGUUUACUACAAUAUGGGCCAGUAUAUUAGGGCAGUCGACUUGCUCUCUAGGGAUGGUUUGGACGCGUCUAGCGUGAUGUGCCGAUAUCUUGCAGCUUUGUGUUUAGUUAAGAUGGAAAGGUACGAAGAUGCAUUAGACAUUGUAGGUGAGAAUAAUCCGUUUAAGGAUGAAUCUGCGGAGCAUGUGAGGAACCAAGAUGGUGGAAUUAAGUUGGAAUCUUCUUUGUGUUAUCUACGUGGUCAAAUAUACUCCGCUCAGAACAAUCUCGAGCUAGCCAAAGAAUGCUUCAAAGAAGCGGUUCAGGUAGAUGUAAAAAAUUUUGAAGCAUUUGAUCAUCUAGUAUCCAAUAAUAUGCUAACACCCGAUGAGGAGACUGAGUUUGUUGCUACGUUGGAUUUUACAGAUCUUGACGAUAAUCAGGAAUUGAUUAAAUGUUUGUAUGCAACAAAAUUGUCCAAAUAUGGGGAUCUUACAAAGUUAAAAACUGCGCAAUAUUAUUUAAUUGACGAGUAUGAUUUAGGAGACAACAAGGAUGUUCAAACCACGGAGAUUGAACUACUCAUCUUCCAGGGCAAGUACCUAGAAUGCCUUGAAAUGUGUGAGAAAGUAUUGGAACGCGAUGAAUUUAAUUUCGAUGUAUUACCAACCUAUAUACAGUGCCUGUACGAAUUAGGAGGAAAGAACAAGCUCUUCCUAGUCUCACAUAAGUUGGCUGAAAGUUUCCCCAAAAGCUCUGUCACUUGGUUUGCAGUGGGUACAUACUAUUUUUCCAUCAAUAAUAUUCCAGAGGCUAGGAAAUACUUUUCCAAAGCAUCUGUACUAGACCCCAAUUUUGGUUACGCUUGGUUGGGCUUUGCACAUACUUAUGCAGUAGAAGGUGAACAUGAGCAGGCACUAUCAGCAUACUCAACUGCAGCACGUUUUUUCCCAGGCACACACUUACCGCAUUUAUAUUUAGGAAUGCAAUAUUCACGUAUGGACACACUAACACUAGCAGAAGAAUACUUCAUGAUGGCCUACGAUAUCUGUCCGACUGAUCCCUUACUAUUAAACGAGCUUGGAGUUGUAUACUUCAAAAAAAUGGACUAUCCAAGAGCAAAAAAAUUCUUUAAAAGAGCUUGUGAGGCCAUCAAUUCACAGCAAUCGGAUGCAUCAUCUGUGGCCAUAUCCACAUACUUAAACCUAGGCCAUACCUACAGAAAAUUGGAUGAGGACGAACGAGCAUUGCAUUGCUUUAAGACAGUAUUGGAAAGGUGGAAACCUUCCGCAAACGUUUGGUGCGCGCUGGCAACUGUGUAUUUAAAAAUGAAAAAGCUACAAAAGGCUAUAGAUGCACUACACUCAGUCCUUGCAAUGGAUCCCAGCCACCAAACUGGCCAACAGUUGUUAAAAAUUGCACUCGAUGUUAAUGUGCACCUCCCGUUGGACAAUGGCCAUCCAUUGAUGGUGAGUGCCAAAAUCAACGAAAAUAGAACUUUUGGAUCAAAUGACAAAAAACGUUCUCUAGGUACUAUCGAUCCGGUAGUAAUAGCAAAAAGGUUGAAACAGGGAAGUUUAUCUUCGGAUGAAGGCGAUUCAAUGGAUAUAGAAUAG